UGAGUUUUACACUAUGUCGGCCAGUAAUAUUAUUAACAACCCAGCGGGUACAAAGCGAAAAGCGUUCGCAAUGCAUUGUGGUACGUGUAGUUUCUGCUACGCCUACUGAUGCCAGUGACAGGAGAAGGCGGACUGCGGCUCCCAGGGUACACCGCGGCGAGGGUUGCCAUAGUAACCCAGAAAGCGUAUAGACUCACAGGAGGAGAAGCAGCCAUGGGGCAGGAUUAUUACUCUGUGCUGGAAAUUACUCCUAGUGCGGGGGAUUCCGACAUUAAAAAGGCGUACCGCAAGUUGGCCCUAAAGUACCAUCCACUCAAGAACAAGGAACCCUCCGCCCCACACAGAUUCAAACAGAUUGCAGAAGCCUACGAUGUGCUGAGUGACUUGAGGAAAAAAGCCACGUAUGAUAAAUUUGGAGAAGAAGGCCUGAAGGGCGGCGUCCCCCCCGAGUUCGGAGGAGAGGAGGCCUGGACCUCCGGCUAUGUGUUUCACGGGAACCCAGACAGAACCUUCAACGAGUUUUUUGGAGGAGACAAUCCCUUUGCAGAUUUCUUCACCCCCACCGGCUCUGAGGUGAACACAGGAUUCGGCGGCCUGCGGGGGCGGGGCAUGAAAACCCAAGACCCACCCAUCGAGCGGGACCUCUACCUCUCACUGGAGGAUUUAUUCUUUGGCUGCACUAAGAAGAUCAAAAUAUCACGCAGGGUAAUGAACGACGACGGACACACGUCCAGCAUACGGGACAAGAUCCUAUCGAUAGACGCGCGGCCGGGCUGGCGGGAAGGCACGAAAAUUACCUUCCAAAAUGAAGGCGACCAGGGCCCCAACAUUAUUCCUGCCGACAUCAUAUUCAUCGUGAGGGAGAAGCCGCACCCCAGGUUCAAAAGGCAAGGCAACGAUUUGAUCUACACGGCCAACAUCGAACUGGGAAAGGCACUGACGGGCUGCACGGUGGAAGUGGAGACUUUGGACGAGAGGCUGCUGAAUAUUCCUAUUAAUGAUAUAGUACACCCCACGUACCGCAAAGUGGUGCCCGGAGAGGGCAUGCGUCUGCCCAAGGACCCCACCCUGAAGGGAGAUCUCAUCAUCCAGUUCGACAUCCAUUUCCCUGAGCACCUGACGCCGCAGAAGAAGCAGCUGUUACGCAAGGCUCUCCUGGCAUAGAGCGCCCCCCUGCCCACUCCUAGUAAUGUCCCCUCUUGUAUUCAAAUAAAUGGUUCUAGCUAAGGA